UAUUAUAUAAAAUUGUGCAGUGCAACCAUGUAAUAUUAAAAAAAUUCGAAACUUCACAGUGUAGUUAUGCCAGUCAAUAUGAGCAGAAACGUCAUUUUUAUUGCGAAAAUUUUUUUAGUGUACAUUGUGAAUUUAAAUUGAAAGCAUAACAAACGAAUGUUUGACAUUUUCACGUGGAAGAAUUUCACAAAUUAUUUUGUUUUUAACAUGACUUUUUGACGAUUUUAAUAAAUAUUGUGAAAUAUUGUGUUGUCAAGAUAAAAAUUAGUAGCUAUUGUGAAAUUGAGCAAUAAUAAAAUAAAAGCCCCAAAAUGUCACGGCAUAGAAUGGUGCGUAGCAUGAACUACGACGAUUACGACUACGACGAUGUUUAUGGACAUUCAGUUGAUGAUGAUAACUGCAUAUCACCGACAGAUGCUCAGCAAUGGCUUUAUGAUAGAGAACGUGGACAACAAAGUAUUUCCGCAUUUAUACGCAAUAACAAGGGCAUAGAAGAAGAAGAUGAGGAAGCAGAAAAUGCUGCCUAUGAAAAAGCAAGACGCGACUCUGACAACUUUCAAAUGCCGGCAUUGAAUGACACCGACCAAGCAAAACUAACCUCUUGCAUUGAUGAGGUACGCAGUGUCGUAGGAGAUAGCAUAUCUGAACGUCGGAUCGUUGAAACCUCCAUACGCUUUGGUUAUGACAUAACAAAAAUACUCGACGAAAUACUCAACAAUGAAAGCGACAGCAAAUCUAAGCGACUGCAACAAACAGAUUUCAACGCAGUGAAGACUUUUCAAAAACCUUCUAAAACUACAAUAACUAAAAUAGUUAGCAAAGAAACAGAAAUUAGGCAGGUACCCGCGACUAUAAAAAUAACAAGCGUACAAAGCGAACGAGAUGCAAGACGAGGUUUCGAAAUAAAUUCUCCUAAUAUACCGUCUUCACCAGCAUUAUCCGGCCGCAAUACGCCUGAAUCGCCGGAAGAUUCCAUUAAGAGUGGUACAGGUACGCUUUUUAAAGUUUCAAAAGAGCAAGCGCAACGUGACGCACAACAAGUUUAUGCGAAAGAACGAGCUGAUCAAAAAGGACAUUUCCAUAUGAUUGUCAUCGGUCACGUAGACGCAGGAAAAAGUACAUUAAUGGGGCAUUUAUUGUUCGAUACAGGGAAUGUAUCACAGCGCAUUAUGCACAAACAUGAACAAGAAUCUAAAAAGAUAGGAAAGCAAAGUUUUAUGUACGCAUGGGUUUUAGACGAAACUGGUGAAGAGCGAACCAGAGGUAUCACAAUGGAUGUAGGCCACUCGCGUAUAGAAACUGAUUCUAAGAUUGUGACUUUGCUCGAUGCACCUGGACACAAGGACUUUAUACCUAAUAUGAUCUCGGGUGCUACACAAGCUGAUGUUGCUUUACUAGUCGUCGAUGCAACACGUGGGGAAUUUGAAAGUGGAUUUGAACACGGCGGUCAAACCCGGGAACAUGCUUUGUUAGUACGUUCAUUGGGUGUCAGCCAGUUGGGUGUGGUUAUAAAUAAGUUAGAUACUGUGGAUUGGUCGCAAGAACGUUUCAAUGAGAUUGUAAAGAAAUUAAAGACUUUUUUAAAACAAGCUGGCUUCAAGGAAGCUGACGUUAGUUAUACACCAUGUUCUGGUUUAACUGGUGAAAAUCUUUCCAAACCUGCAACUGCAACUGAAUUAAAGAAGUGGUAUAAUGGUCCACAUUUGUUAAGCGUUAUAGAUAAUUUCAAAAUACCAGAACGUCCUAUAGAUAGACCUUUUCGUAUGUCUGUAUCAGAUAUAUUCAAAGGCACUGGAUCUGGUUUAAGCAUAUCUGGACGCAUUGAAACAGGCGUUUUAGGUGCCAAUGAUAAAGUAUUAGUAGGUGCCAAUCGCGAACAGGCGCAAGUGAAAGGCUUGCUGAUAGAUGAAAUGCCACAGACCAAUGUAUUUGCUGGUGAUCAAGUUUCAGUUACACUUUCUGGUAUCGAUUUGAACAACAUUGCUGUUGGUACCAUAAUAUAUGAUCCACAAAAUCCUAUACAAGUAACUAGUCGCUUCCAAGCACGUAUACUUGUUUUUAAUUUGAAGGUGCCAAUCACAAUUGGUUGUCCAGUGCUGUUGCAUCAUCAGUCACUGAUAGAACCAGCUGUUAUAUCGAAAUUAACAGCACAAAUUCACAAGGGAACAGGUGAAGUUGUUAAGAAAAAACCGCGUUGUCUGGGUAAUAACACAUGUGCCUUAGUUGAAUUGGAAACGAUACGUCCAAUUUGUAUGGAACUUUACUCGGACUUCAAGGAAUUAGGCAGAGUUAUGUUGAGAGUGAGCGGCGUUACAAUUGCUGCUGGAAUGGUUACAAAAAUUCGUUGAACUCUUGGAAUUUUAGUUUAGAUUUUUAUGGUUGUUUUUAUUUUAAUAUAACUUGUUUUUAUAAAUAAAAAUAACGAAAUGCU